AUACUGGUUGCCACGACGACUGGAUCAGUCUGCUUGUUUUUCUUGCAAGAUGGCUUCCAAGUGGGGAGAGUUUCUAUUACUUAUUCUGUGCAUCGUAGCGAUAUUCGGUAGCGUCGAAGUACCGCACAAGAGAUUCGAAUAUAAAUACAGUUUUAAAGGACCAUAUUUAGCGCAGAAGGACGGAACUGUGCCGUUUUGGGAAGCAUACGGAAAUGCCAUUGCAAGCGAGGAAAUGGUUCGAAUUACUCCUUCCCUAAGAAGCAAAAAAGGUUCAAUAUGGUCCAAAUCGGCAACUACGUUUCAGUGGUGGGAAGUGGAGAUGAUAUUCAGGGUGAAUGGACGAGGCAGACUGGGAGCUGAUGGUCUCGCGUUUUGGUUUACAGACAAAAAAGGUGUUGAAGGACCUGUAUUUGGUAGUAAUGAUAACUGGAAUGGAUUGGGUAUCUUUUUCGAUUCCUUUGAUAACGAUGGAAAGGGUAACAAUCCUUACAUUAUGGCUAUGGUUAAUGACGGUACCAAAGUUUAUGAUCAUCAGACAGACGGCAUCAAUCAGCAAUUGGCCGGUUGCUUGAGAGACUUCCGAAACAAACCGUUUCCCGUUCGAACAAAAAUUGAAUAUUACAGAAACGUUCUAUCGAUUUUAUUUCAUGCCGGAAAUUCUAACAACGAUGACGACUACGAAAUGUGCAUGAGAGUAGAAAAUGUAUUUUUGCCGCAGUUUGGUUAUUUUGGUAUAUCAGCUGCGACUGGUGGAUUAGCCGAUGAUCAUGAUGUUCUCAAGUUCCUUGUGUCGAGUCUUUAUCCUCCCGGAACACAACCCACCCCACAACAGACAAUUGCUGACACUGAAAAAGAAAAAUUCUCAAAAGAAUACGAAGAAUACAAAGUUAAAUUGGAAAAACAGAAAGAAGAGUAUCGUCGACAACAUCCAGACGAAGCUCACAAAAAGGAUAUGGAAUAUAAUCCGGAAGAAGCGUAUGAAAGCUUCCAGCAAAGAGAAUUAACACAAAUAUUCCAAGGUCAAAGUCAGAUAUUCGAAGCAAUGAAAUCAUUAAAUAGGAAAUUGGAUGAGAUCAUCGGUCGUCAGGAGCGAUCUCUUUCGAUGCUGUCUGCAGUACAAGUGGGAGGAGUCGGAGGAGUUCCCCACGGAGGCCAAGGAAUGCCACCACCGGCCAUGCCAGUUGACGGAUUGCGUCGACAUGAGGUAGAUGCUCUUCUUGGAAAUCAGAGAGAGAUGGUACAAGCCUCUAGAGAUAUCAAAGCUUUUGUUGCAGAAAUUCAUCAGCGUACUGGCUCGCUUCUGGCUGGUCAAGCGACUCCUCAGGGCAGCGGAGGCGGCGGCGGCCAAGCAUUCCAAUAUCAGACGCUCAUCAACGAAGUGAAAGAUGGGCUAAAUAUAGUAAAACGUGACGUUUCAUCUCUCCAUGCAAAAACAGGAGGACCAUGUCCCGCCAUGCCACAAGUUAGCUGCCUUACUCCUACAUAUUUCUUUAUUUUUAUGGGAUUACAGCUAAUAAUUAUGAUUGGAUAUAUUACUUAUCAGAAUAGUAGAGAGUCGCAAGCAAAGAAAUUUUACUGAUCUUAUCUAUUUUAUAUAUAAAUAUAAAAUAAAUUUAAAUAUUAAAAAAAAAAACAUUCCAUGUUGUUUCGGAAGAGAGUCGGCUCCAGAAAAUGUGCGGAAACAAGACAACCAUGUAACUGAAUGAAAAUUGCAUACGAAAUUUAAACUUACGACAGAAAACAAACAUCCUGAAAUGUAAAUUCUGUACAAAAUGCAAAAAAACUGAUCAAGUAUGAUUAUGAAACUUAUAAAUUUUGGCCAAAAUUUAUAUUUCCUAACACCAUUUUUUUAUUUUAAUUAUUAUUUCUAAUUAAUUUCUGUCUAAUGAUAGUCUUCCAAUGAAAUUUUCUAAUUUUACAUAAAAUCUACUGGACUGCUAUAUUCAUUCUGGGGUAUUUUAAUUUAUUUUCUUACACAAAAUAAUAUAUGUAUGUAGAUUAAGCUUUGUUUCUUGGAAUUUUUUACUUAUUUGAUAAUGAAAAUGAGUUAUAUAUAAUGUAAAGUUUUGAAUUUUGGAAAUAGGGUUUUAACGUUAGAAAUGUAGAGUCAUUGCGGCACAUAAAAAAUUUGAUCGAGUAGAGGUUUGCGCAAUAUUUUGCAGCUUUUACUCAUCUAAUACUAUUUUCCGAGGCAUUUAAAAAAAAAAAAGUAAAGGGGAGAAACUUUAAAGUAUUAUUCGCAGGUUUAUAUAAAUUAGGAAGCUAUGUUAUAAUACUA